CGGCUUUAGACCCUGGCUUUAAGACCGACAGUCAACGUCACCCGAAAUUCAGUACUCGGGACACAACUAUAAAAAGCCCUGAGUAGCCAUCGGUAAAGACCAACUCGUCAAGCAAUCUCACUUAUCAAUUGAUAAACAUACCCAAACGACAAAAUGGCCGGCCCAUACAACGCGUCUACAACAGCCGAAGAGCUUGUCAAAAUCCUCGCUGCCGAGAUCAAGGGCAAGGCGAUUCUUACCACCGGUCCAUCGCCAGCCAGCAUCGGUGCAACAUUCGUGGAAACCGUCGCUCGCGCCCAGCCGGCCCUGUUGAUUCUGGCCGGCCGAAGCACGAGUAAGCUCCAGCAAACAGCCGACGCAAUCACCAAGGAAAAUCCGUCCGUUCCAGUCCGUCUAUUGCAGCUUGAUUUGGGCUCAUUGGCUGCGGUCCGCAAAGCAGCUUCUGAAGUCAACAGCUGGACCGAUGUUCCUCACAUCGAUGUUCUUGUGAACAACGCAGGCAUUAUGGCCACCGACUUUGCCCUAAGUCCCGAAGGUUAUGAGAGCCAGUUCGCGACGAACCAUCUCGGCCACUUCCUCUUCACAAAUCUGAUUAUAGAAAAGGUCCUCGCCGCUUCGUCGCCUCGCAUUGUCAACGUCAGCAGCGAUGGGCACCGACUCAGCCCUAUCCGCUGGGCCGAUACCAACUUCCGGGAAGGGGAGACGUAUAACAGAUGGUCCGCAUACGGGCAGUCCAAAACUGCCAACAUGCUAAUGGCCGUAUAUCUGGCGGAGAAGCUCGGGCCGAAGGGGUUGCUUGCUUAUAGCCUGCACCCUGGUGUUAUCAUCACGACCGGCCUCACACGUGGCGUCCCUUUCGAGGAGAUGGCUCCUGAGCUGAUCGCGCUCGACCGAGCUCUGGGCAACGAACAAGGCUGGCGUGAGGACAUCCCGAUGAAAACAUCCCAACAAGGAGCAGCAACAACAGUGUAUGCUGCUUUUGAGCCUAUUUUGCGAGAGUUCAAUGGCAAACAUUUGGAUGACUGCCAUGUGGCGGAUCCGUGGGUCGACACGGUGAAGCCGUGGGCUACUGAUAAGGUUGAGGCCGAGAGGCUCUGGAAGCUUAGCGAGAGGUUGGUUGGACAGGAGUUCAAUCGUUGA